GACUCAUUUCAGUCGGACCAGCGACUGAGCGCUUCCACGCACGACACCUCAUGUCAAAUUCCAUUAAACGGGUGUCACGCAUCUUGAAAAGUGACGUUAUAUCGAUUUUUUGACAAUAUAUUGUUGUUUUUUUUGACAUUAUGUAGGUUUUUCUACAAAAUGUUAGCACUUGGACGUGUUGCCUAAACAUCAAGAGGCUUUAGUUAUCAAUGUUUGGCUCUGAUGUUAUGUAAAAUCUGUCGCAGAGAUGGCAUUACUGGAGGUCUAAGCUCAUCAAGAUCGUCAUCACAUGGAGGAGGAACCAAUAACUUGCCGCCAUUGCUGUUUCAUCACGUUCACGGCGAAAAUAUUAGGAUAUCAAGAGAUGGAACUGUGGCCAAACGGGUAGAAAGCUUCUGCAAAGGCAUUGCCUUCAGUUCUAGGCCGGUUAAAGUUAACGAAAAGGUAUGCAUAAAGUUCCUAGAAAUAUCCAACAACUGGUCAGGAGUGAUCAGAUUCGGCUUUACUUCAAAUGAUCCUACAGGCCUUCGAUAUGACCUACCAAAGUAUGCCUGUCCUGACCUCACCAAUAAACCUGGAUAUUGGGCCAAGGCUUUGCCUGAACGGUUUUGCGCUCAAGGGGCAGUUUUGUUCUACUACGUCACCCCAACAGGCGAUGUCCAUUUUGGCAUCAACGGCGAAGAAAAAGGUGUGUUCUUUGGCAAUGUUGAAACGCGAGGACCUCUGUGGUGCCUCAUCGACGUCUAUGGCAACUCUACGGCUAUCGAAUUCGUUGAUGUGAGACAUCAGUUAAACAAUUCGAAUAGAUAUAAUAGUACAGGAAACUGUGAAGUGUUCCGACCAGAUCCAGUAGAAAGGAUAACUUAUCCCAUGCAACAAAUGGCGAUUCAACCCAGCGAAGAAUUGUCUUUACCAUUGUUACGUUACCAACCGCCUCACCUCAAUUACCAAGCAAUGCCUCUGCAUAGAACGAGAGGACGUAAUGUUAGGUUUAUGAAUGGAAAUCGUAGUGUAGCAUAUAGAACGGAUACGGAAUUCUGCCAAGGCUACGUGUUCACGUCGAGACCCCUGCAGAUUGGAGAAAGGAUGGUAGUUCAAAUUUUAGGAACUGAACCUAUGUUUCAAGGCUGCUUAGGGUUAGGUCUGACCUCCUGCGACCCAGCCCUCCUAACGGCUGCCGACCUUCCUGACGACUCCAACUGCCUGCUGGACCGACCGGAAUACUGGGUGGUAUCCCGCGACAUUGCGCGCCAUCUACACAAAGGCGACGAAGUCUCCUUCUGCGUCUCUGCAGAGGGUGAGGUCCGUAUCGGCAGAAACGGAUGUCCUCCAAGCAUUGUAAUCCACGUAGACCACACUUUGAGGUUAUACGCAUUCUUUGAUAUCUAUGGCUCCACGCAGAGGAUCAGGGUGCUGAGCUGUCCUCCCCCUCAGUCGCAAGUGCAGCAUAUCACUGGAGCUGUGUCGCCUCAGCGGAACCCUGAGAGACGCAUAAUCAGCCCAGUAACACCCUCAUCCGCAGCCAGCGAGUCCAUGAACAGUAUUAACGCCCAAUCCGAACUCCAGCGCAGACAACAAUCUACAACCAUCGUGGCUACCCCUCAACAGGUGGCGCAACCUGCCCAACCCCAGCCACAACCUGUCAUGUGCGUGACCCCCGCUGACAUCCAAGUGCAACCAGGGGCCAAUGGGGGCGCAGUGCUCUCUGUUAUCUUGCCGCCCAUCAUCCAGCAGUCCAACGGGCACCACCAUAACGGGCACUUGGGAACCGCAGGGUACCAGAGCGGGCCCAUGGCUCCGGGACAUGUGAGUGGGUCGGCAGGACCUGCCGCUAUGCCUACGGGGACUAUGGUGUCGGUGUGUAGCAGCAAUUACGUUGAGCCCCUGUCCGACUCGAGUGCCUAUUCCACGCCCCUGCCCUGGUCAGAGGCCGUUGCCGCGUUGCCGCCCUCCAGCAUGUCCGCCCCCGGGAUACCGCCGGCCCCAGGUGCCGAAUGCACCAUCUGCUACGAGCAACCAAUCGACGCCGUCCUCUACAUGUGCGGCCACAUGUGCAUGUGCUACGAAUGCGCUCUGCAACAAUGGAGAGGCAAAGGGGGCGGUCACUGCCCGCUGUGCAGAGCUGUCAUCAGAGAUGUGAUACGCACGUACAAAUCGUAAACGAUCAGAAGUGGGAUACAUGUACAAAGCAUGAUGCGAAUGUUUGGAAUAGGGAUCGAUUAUUGGUGGAAAUACUCGGAAAUGGCCAGCAUCAAUCCAGAAAUCUGAUCUCGACAACCUCGGGUGUACACCAACAAAAUUGCAUUCAAUGAUACAUGGUACCAGUCACCCUCUAACUCUACGCAAAGAAAAUCCAUUGUUGCUUCCAGGAUUAGAGACUUCCUUAAAUGUCCUUUACAGAUUCUGGAUUGAUUAUGGACCAUAUCUGAGAUGUAUAGUCUUACACAAUAUUAGACUCGUGUAGUUUAUUGAGGCCCUUGUUCUUUAGCAACCUUAGAAUAUUGUGUUGGACUCUACCACGUUAAUGUUGCAUUUUUGAUGUUGAGUAUUUAUUGAAGAAUAUGGGCUUUUUGUAUUAUGUUCUUAAUCACAGCUGUUUUGUUUUUUUAUAAUAAAACUGUUUUGGGCGGCAUUUUGUGUUAUUGCUAACGUUUAGAUCGUUUUGAAGUGAGAAGAUAUGUACAUAUAUUAUUGUCAAUGAAAAGUGUGAUGAAAACAAUUAACAAUGACAUUUGCGAGAAAAAGUGUUUAUGUUUUGCAUCUUUGCUUUUCAUUUCGUCGUAAAUGUGACUCUCAAAGACACACGAGUUCAAAAAAAGGCUUUGAUUUGUAUUUUAGUUUUUUUUUUGUAAAAUGAUUUUUUACUUUUUCUGGAUACUCGUCGGGUUUUCACGCUUUUCAUUGACUGUUGCAAAACAAAAUAUCACUUAUUAAUGGUUUUUGUUGUUUCUACUUUAUUAUUAAUGUCCAAAGGUGUACAUUGUGUGGAUAUUUAACUGUUGACCAGUGCUUCCAAAAAUCUAGGAAUAGUGUAACAUAUGAAUAUCUUUAACUGCCUAAAAAUUGGAAACUCGUUAGUUUAAGAGCGAAAGACUGAUGCGAUUGACUAUAAAACAGUCAGUGUCUUGACCAAAUACUCUUGUUAAGAUAUCUAAAUUUAAAUUUUAUUAUGACUUAGAUUCCACACACACCAGAAUAAAUGUUGAACUUGAACUGUACGAUAUGGGCUUAAGCCUUAUUAUUCAUAAAUGGUCGCAUCCAGGGAACCACAGCACUUAAAGCAAAGAAUGUCAGUGUCCAUUUGAUACAAAUAGCCGCUGACAAAAGCUAUGGUUUCCUGGAUGCGUCCAAGCAUUGAUAUAAAAAAAUAAAAUCAUGACACUGAAUGAUUUCUAGCCUGCAAGAUGUUAGAGCAUUGUAUAAAUAUAUUUUUUUGUACUGUAUAUUUUUGUGGGACAACCAAAGAGCUGAAUGAUGGAAUGUUAGUCUUUCUGUCAAUCUUCUAAUUGAUAGUCAAAUCCUGCGUCAUUGCAGUUUAAACUUAUUUAUUUAUAAAUACCUGUAAAAUCAAGAUCAACUUUUUUGUUGAAGAACCUCGCACAUCAAUGCAUUAUUCAAAGAUUCAGUAUGACAAUUGUACGACAUGACUUAUACAAAGAUGUCAUGGAACCGAGCGUCUUCUAACGACUAUAGAGAAGUUCUUCAACAGAAAUAUGUGAUUUUAAACCUUGUUGUGUUUUCUAGUCGUAUAAUGUGAAUCAUCUAAAUAACGAACUAAAAAACACAAACUUUGUUGUCAAGAAAUAGUAUAUAACUUAAGGUCUUUUUUAGGAACAGAGUUGUUUAAUGUAUUUAAUGAAACCUAAUAGUUAAAGAACAUUCCUAUAAUACUUGCUGGCCAGUAAUGUUGGUCAAAGAAAAUAUAUCAGUCCUUUUAUGAAAAGGGUAAGAUUCGAUUACUAUUUUAUCCCUAGGUAGUAAAAUCCUUUUGUAAAUUAGAAUUUCUAGUCAUUAAGAAGGUACUGAUUUAGUGAAGAUAGUAUAAUUAUUUGCGAAUAAAAUGUUAUCUAUUGUGAAA